GCCCACCCCCACCCAACAGUUAAACAGCAGCUCUUAUUUUAUUUUAUACCAUUCACUUCUAUCAUUUUCCUUUGAUUGCAUUUCCAAACAAAAUAAGCGAUAUUAGGUUAAUUUAUCUUCACAAAAGUUACAUCUUCAUAGGUCUUCAACACCUCCUAGGGCAGGGGGGGUCAAACGUACGGCCCAGGGGCCAAAACCGGCCCGUCAGAGGGUCCAAUCUGGCCCACGGGAUGAAUUUGCAAAAAUUACACUGAAGAUAUCAGCUGAAAAUAUUCAACAAAAUAAGAAAUUUCACUUUUUAAAAUUUUUAUGGUUGUUCAUUACAUGUACUUGUACCUUUUUACCCUAAAGUCAAACAUUUGGAGUUAUCAUUAUUUACAAGUUAAUAAGCCGUUGUGUUACAGGUCCGGCCCCCUUGAGUGUGGCCCCUGAACUAAAAUGGGUUUGAUACCUCUGCCCUAGGGGUCUGUGGAGGUACUGCAGGGAGGGGGUUGCAAAAUCUUUGGUUGAUUAGACAUUUUAUAUAUGUAUAUAUUAAUUUUCCCCCACAAAUUUAAAUUUAUUUAAAUACACAUUAACAUGAGUCCAACAUAUUUACCUCCAGAUAUGAAACUGAUGAGACGAUUUCAUAAUAAGCAACAACUCCCACCAGUAUUUAGUCUAUUUUGAUAAUUACAGGCCAAAUAAUUAUUGAUUAACUCUAGAAAAUAAUGAUCACUGUUAAAAAAUAAAUAAAUAAAUAAAUCAUCUUCCGCUGUGUUGCUGCUAUUAGUUCACAUCUUUGCUGCUGGUUGAGGUCAAAGGUCGGAUGUCAGAGGUCAACCCAAAUCAUUUUUUGAGGCACUAAAGUGAAGACAUGUGAGAUUCGAGGACUAAUUCUAAGCAAGGAAAAACCGAUUGUGUGUGUGUGUGUGUGUGUGUGUGUGUGUGUGUGUUUUCCCUCCAUUACUUUGAAAGCACUGAGACUAAUUCAGUUCAGUGAUGCUUUAAAUGACCCCUGGAGUCAGAGCGCGGCCUCCUGGGAGGUUAGAGGGUCACACUGCAGAGAUGGAAGCGAUAUAAUGUUGGUGUGAGGCAGAGAGAGAGAGAUACAUAGGGAGGAAGGGAGGGAGGAAGGGAGGGAGGGCAGGAAAAAAAAGAGAGAGAGAGAGAGAGAUGGACCGUGGCCAAUGAUCUGCGAGCAAAAUAACUAAAGUAGAGACGCGGAGGAGAUGUUCAUAAAGCCGGCGAGCGUCCACGGGCCGAAAACGCGAGGAGCAUGUCACAGAGGACGAAGCCGGAUGUGAAGCAGGAGAAGGUGAAGAUCAGUCAGGUGGUUUAGUCCGUGUGUUCAUGUUCUUCAUGCAUAAGCCCGAAGCGCGUUCUGUCCUCCCUCGGCAUGUCAUCAGAGUCAAAGAUCCUGCACUAGGCUGCUGCUGCUGCUGCUGCUGAGGAGGAGGAAGCGGAUUCAUGGGACGCGCGGAUUAAAAAGACCCGAUCCGCACCUCACCAGCCUCCCUACCCUUCAUGUUCUCAAACGGAGGCGUGCGGAGGAGAGCGCGAUUCCAGCCCGAAGCCGAUGCCCCGGAGAAAGCAGCAGCAGCCCGUGUGCAGGCGGCUGAAGACGACAGGAAGGUGGUACCCGACCCGAGCGUCGCUCUUUAUUAUCUGGGAUCCGGCUCCGGAGGCGCGUCGCUGAGGCAUGGGCUGCGCUCCCAGUAUCCACGUCUCUCAGAGCGGGGUGAUCUACUGCCGAGACUCAGACGAGUCCAACUCCCCCCACCAGACCACCACCAUCUCCCAAGGCACCGCGGCCACGCUGCACGGGCUCUUCAUCAAGACCGAUGCGGCCGAGACCAUCCCUUCCGUCAUCACCUACCAGAGCCGCCACUCGCGCAACAACUCGUACCGGGAUCGCAAGGAGAACAGCGGGGGGCACAUCCGCAUCGAGGCCGAGACGCAGACCAGCCACACCAGCGUCAAGGUUUCAGCUACUGAGGAAUGUGUGGGACCAAUGAGACUGACCCAAGAGCCCAUCCAGGUCCUGCUGGUGUUCGCCAAGGAGGACAGCCAGAGCGACGCCUUCUGGUGGGCCUGCGACCGCGCCGGCUUCAGGUGCAACAUCGCGCGGACGCCCGAGUCGGCCGUCGAGUGUUUCCUCGACAAGCACCACGAGAUCGUCGUCAUCGAUGGACGCAACUCGCGCUACUUUGAGCCCGAAGCCGUCUGCCGGAUGAUCCGCGCCACGAAGCCCUCCGAAAACACAGUUAUUCUGGCUGUGGUGCCGCAGAAGCCGCCGGACCAGGAAGAGCCAUCUGUUCUUCCUCUCCUCUGCGCUGGAUUCAGCAGAAGGUUUGCGGAGAACAACAGCGUGUCCGCCUGCUACAACGAGCUCGUGCAGAUCGAGCACGGAGAGGUGCGCUGCCAGUUUAAACUCAGGGCUUGUAACUCCGUCUUCACUGCCCUGGAGCACUGCCAGGAGGCCGUGGAGAUCACCAGUGAGGACCACAUAAUACAGUAUGUGAACCCAGCAUUUGAACGGAUGAUGGGCUACCACAAGGGGGAGUUGAUCGGGAAGGAACUGACCGAACUCCCCAAGAGCGACAAGAACAGAGCCGACCUGCUGGACACCAUCAACAACUGCAUCAAGAAAGGAAAGGAAUGGCAGGGCAUUUACUAUGCCAGAAAGAAGUCGGGCGACAGCAUUCAGCAGCAUGUGAAGAUAACGCCCGUCGUCGGCCAGGGAGGGAAGAUCCGACACUUUGUGGCCAUCAAGAGACCUCACAUUGACAACAACAAUCUGGUCCACAAGUUCAACAAGGAGGACAGAUGCAGCGGGGAACAUUCUCAGUCAGAGUGUCAUUCUCUACGUCACCGGGACAGAAGGAAAGAUUCAGUCGAUGCCAGAUCAGUCAGCUCCCGCAGCAGUGACGCUCCCAGUUUACAGAACCGAAGAUAUUCGUCCGUAGCCAGGAUCCACUCCAUGACCAUCGAGGCUCCCAUCACCAAGGUGAUAAACAUCAUCAACGCGGCCCAGGAGAGCAGUCCGGUGACGGUGGCCGAGGCUUUGGACCGUGUGCUGGAGAUCCUGAGGACCACUGAGCUCUACUCCCCUCAGCUCGCCUCCAAAGAAGAUGACCCCCACACCAACGACCUGGUUGGGGGGCUCAUGAAUGAUGGACUCCGGAGACUCUCUGGGAAUGAAUAUGUUUUCUGCAAAAAUAUGAGCCAGAGCCAGCUGGCCAUCCCGGUCACUCUGAACGACGUACCCCCAUCCAUCGCCGAGAUGCUGAAUGAUGAGGAGUGCUGGGAGUUCAACAUCCUGGAGCUGGAGGCGGCUACGCACAAGAGACCGCUGACUUACCUCGGCCUGAAGAUCUUCACGAGCUUCGGCGUGUGCGAGUUCCUGAGCUGCUCGGAGGCCACGCUGCGCUCCUGGCUGCAGCUGAUGGAGGCCAGCUACCACUCGUCCAACUCCUACCACAACUCCACGCACGCGGCCGACGUGCUGCACGCCACCGCCUACUUCCUGCGCAAGGAGAGGGUCAAGAGCAGUCUGGACCAGCUGGACGAGGUGGCGGCGCUGAUAGCGGCGACCGUUCACGACGUGGACCACCCCGGCCGGACCAACUCCUUCCUGUGCAACGCGGGCAGCGAGCUGGCCAUCCUCUACAACGACACGGCCGUGCUGGAGAGCCACCACGCCGCCCUCGCCUUCCAGCUCACCGUGCGCGACACCAAGAGCAACAUCUUCAAGAACAUCGACAGGAAUCAGUUCCGAACGCUGCGCCAGGCCAUCAUCGACAUGGUGCUGGCCACGGAGAUGACCAGACACUUUGAGCACGUCAGCAAGUUCGUCAACAGCAUCAACAAACCGAUGGCCGCCAUCGAGGAGACCAGCAUGAGUAGCGUGAACAGCGACUGCGAGGGCCAGGCCAACAUCAGGAACUCCCCGGAGAACCGGCUGCUCAUAAAGAGGAUGCUGAUCAAGUGUGCAGAUGUGGCAAACCCCUGCAGGCCGCUGGAGCUGUGCAUCGAGUGGGCCGGACGCAUCUCCGAGGAAUACUUCGCGCAGACGGACGAGGAGAAGAGGCAGGGGCUGCCGGUGGUGAUGCCGGUGUUCGACAGGAACACGUGCAGCGUUCCCAAGUCUCAGAUCUCCUUCAUAGACUACUUCAUCACCGACAUGUUCGACGCCUGGGAUGCCUUUGCCAGCCUACCCGGUCUGAUGGAACACCUGUCGGAGAACUACAAGUACUGGAAGAACUUGGACGAGAUGAAGUGCAAGAGCCUGCGCCCCCCCCCUCCUUCUUGACCGACCCCCCCUCCCUCCUCCCUCUCUCCUCCAUCCUGUCGUCCGUCCGUCUCUCUCCGAUCGGGCUGAGAAACUGAACGCAGCCCCCGCCGUGGAACAAUUAAAACUCUUUUCAGCUGUGAUCUGACGGAGCUCUGUACCCCGUUACCCCCCCCCACCACCACCAACCCCCCCGGACUCGGCCCGAGAGCGGACAUCGCCCCCCUGGUGAACACUGAGGUGCCGGUUCCAUCUCAAAUCACAGCCUCUUUUCUGUCGUGGUUCUCGUUGGACGUGGUGAGGACAGGUUGUCGUUUGAGGGCCACGCCCCCUGUCGACUAUAACC